AUGAACCGAGCCCGUAAAACAAGCAGUUGUGGAUGUUUUCGAAGUGCCUUCUGUCUUCUCAAACCAUCGACGUCGUCGUCUUCUGGAGAGCACGGUGACAGUGAUAAAAAGUUGUUAUCAGCUCAGAUGAGUGCGACGAGAGAUGAUGAUCAGGCGAACAGUCACCCAUCUCGUCCUAUAAAAGUACCACCGCUGGAUUUGAACGGUGUCGAAAAAAAGAAUUUCAAGACAAGAGGAGUUCGACGGAGAACUUCAGAAGGUGGUGGAAGAGGACAGCAUCUUGCUGAAGUCGUUUUGGAUGGACUUCAACGACCAGUCAGUCUUCUUCGGAAACAAAAAGAAGCAAAUGCAGAUGGAAAUGAUCCAGAUGGCGCCACGUCACCUUCAUCAUCACGAAAAAAGAGUUAUGAUAAUGCUCCUGCAUUGGAAUCAUUGGAAAAACUUCGCUAUAUUCUUCAUCAACUAAACAGUGGUCAACUGCCUCUCGAGGAUCUCAAACGAAACAUCGAAUAUGCAGCGUUGGUACUCGAAACAGCGUAUAUGGAUGAGACGAGACGGAUAUGCGAUGAAGACGAUGACCUAGCUGAGGUCACUCCAGAAACAGUUCCAGAUGAAGUUCGUGAGUGGCUUGCCGCAACAUUCACUCGUCAAAAUGCAGGAAAGAAACGGGAUAAACCAAAGUUCAAAAGUGUUGCAAAUGCAAUCAGAACUGGAAUAUUCUUUGAGAAACUUUUCCGCAAACAACAAGUUGUUCAAUGCCCAAUUCCACCAGAAAUCGCUGAACUAAUGAAGGAAGUAUGCACGUGGUCGUUCAGUCCAUUCCAACUCAAUGAAGUUUCGGAAGGUCAUGCGUUGAAAUACGUUGGAUUUGAGUUAUUCAAUCGAUAUGGUUUUAUGGAUAGAUUCAAAGUUCCACUCUCUGCUUUGGAGAAUUACUUAUCCGCAUUGGAAGUUGGAUACUCGAAACAUAACAAUCCAUAUCAUAAUGUUGUUCACGCUGCUGAUGUUACUCAAAGUUCACAUUUCAUGCUAUCUCAAACUGGAUUAGCGAAUUCCCUCGGUGAUCUCGAACUUCUUGCCGUCCUUUUCGGUGCUCUAAUCCACGAUUAUGAGCACACUGGACACACAAAUAACUUCCAUAUCCAAUCACAAUCUCAAUUCGCAAUGCUUUAUAAUGACAGAAGUGUUCUCGAGAAUCAUCACGUAUCGUCUUGUUUCCGUCUAAUGAAAGAAGACGAUAAGAAUAUUCUGACUCAUUUGACACGUGAUGAAUAUAAGGAAUUAAGAAAUAUGGUUAUUGAAAUUGUGUUGGCAACUGAUAUGUCGACUCAUUUUAUGCAAAUCAAGACAAUGAAAUCAAUGCUGAGCUUGCCGGAAGGAAUCGAUAAAAACAAAGCUCUGUGCCUUAUUGUCCACGCCUGUGAUAUAUCUCAUCCUGCUAAACCGUGGAAUCUUCAUGAAAGAUGGACUGAAGGAGUUCUUGAAGAAUUCUUCCGUCAGGGAGAUCUAGAAGCUUCUAUGGGUCUACCGUACUCCCCAUUGUGUGAUAGACAUACAGUACACGUGGCAGAUUCUCAAAUUGGAUUCAUUGAUUUUAUUGUGGAACCAACGAUGGUUGUGUGUGGAGAAUUGUUGGUUAAAAUGGUGGAACCACUCGUUUCCCUGCCUCCGACAGACUCUUUAUUCCCUCCAAGUGUCGAUGGUGGAGAUGACAAAUCACCAUCGAAUGCGUUGAGUCCACUGCCCGAUCUACGAAACUCCUCGACUUCUCCUUCGUCAAUCCGGAAAAUUCCAUUGAAUUAUGCUGGAAAAUUGGAUAUUCCGACGCCAUGGAUGAAGUUCCUUCAUGAAAAUAAAGCACACUGGAAGGAGCGUGCUGCUAAAGAGGAAGAAGAACGUAAAGUCAAAGAAGCCGCUGAGGCAGAAGCUGCGGCAAAGCAAGCGGAGGAAAACAAAGAAAACGGUGUCACAGUCAACUGA